AUGGUCCAAUCGGAGAGUUUGCAGAUAUAUUGGCACGAUUCGCACCCGAUAUAUUCGGUUUGUUUCCAACCAGUGAAGAAGAAUGAGGAGGCGAUUGGUGGGCGCACGAGGCGUCUUUUCACGUCUGGAGGGGAUAAUAAGGUGCGUGUGUGGCAGCUGAAUGAGAAUGAGGAGGGGAAGAUUGAUAGUAUUGAUUUUCUUUCGUCGUUAACGCAGCACGAACAAGCGGUGAACGUUUGUAGGUUCAACGAACAAGGCGAUAUCCUGGCUACAGGCGGUGACGACGGGCUGUUGUUGCUGUGGAAGCAGAAUGAGACAGUUGUGCGGGAGUUUGGGAUGGACGAGGAGGAGUUUGCUGAUCUGAAGGAGUCGUGGACGGUGUGGAAGCGGCUGAGAUCUGGGUCUGGAUUGAAUGCGGAGAUAUACGAUAUAUCGUGGAAUGCGUCUGGGACGUGCGUUGCGGUUGCGUCGCUGGACCAUACGGUGCGUGUGUUUGAUGUUGAGAAGGGGAGUGUUGUUGGGCACAUUUCCGAGCACAAUCACUAUGUGCAGGGGAUAGUGUGGGACCCGCUGGGGGAGUAUUUGGUGUCGCAAUCUGCGGACCGGUCGGUUGUUGUGUGCAGGGUUGUGUAUGAGGGGGGGCAGGGCCAGGAACGUGGCCAGGUGUGUGGAUUGGAGCUUGUGAACAAGAUAGUGAAGUGCGAGUUGCCCAGGAGGAAGGAGGGGGAACUAGUAGGGCCAGGACCAGGGUCUGGAGAGAGGCCCGGUUUGGAUUUCGAGAGUUCGAGGGUCGGGUUUCUGUUCCACAACGAGACGUUGCCGUCGUUCUUCCGGAGACUGUGCAUGUCUCCCUGCGGGAGCCUGCUGUGUGUUCCAGCGGGGAUUCAGGCGCAACCCCAGGCACCAGCUCAAUCCCAGCCCCAGCCUGAGGCUGGGGCUGGAUCUGAGUCUGCUGAGUCUCAGGCUGGGCCCCUGCCCCUGCCCUUGGCCUCGCAAAACACACUCUACAUCUACACCAGGGGCUCACUGGGGUCCAACAAGCCAUUGUUCUCGCUCCCGUUCCUUGAGAAACCGGCGCUCGUGGCCAGGUUCAACCCGGUUUUGUUCGAGGGAGCCUCCCGGUGGGUGCUUCUACCGUACAAGCUGGUGUUUGCCGUAGCGACGACGAACGAGGUGCUGGUAUACGACACGCAAGAGACUGCGCCAAUUGCAGUGGUUGGGAAUCUGCAUUACUCGCCGAUAACGGACCUGGCGUGGAGCGCUGACGGCAGGCUGCUGAUGGUGUCGAGCACGGAUGGGUUCUGUUCGUAUGUGAACUUUGGCACGGCCUUGGGCAAUGCUUUAGGCAAGGACUUGGGCACGCCAGUGCCUAAGGCUAUUCCAGAGGCCCAGACUAUGCCAGGGCCCAAUUCCAAGCCAGGGGCCGAGACUAAGCCAGGGCCCCAGACCCAGGCCAGUCCCUCCCAGGCCCAGGCCAGUCCCUCCCAAACGCCAGCGACGGCCAAAGCCAAGCGCAGAGUGCAGCCGACACUCGUUGGGGAAAUAACUGAUGAAUAG